CCUGCAAGAGGAAGCUAGGGUGAGGCUUGAGCUGAAAAUGGGGUGGAGCUUUUGAACAAAGAGGAGAUGGGAGGCGGGGGAUUCAGUCCUAGAGGUUUCUGGACAAGCUGGAGCUACAGAAGCCACACAAGAUAAGGCUUGCGAGAUCAGCCCCUGCCCGGCGACCCUGUUCUGCUCACCAUGCGGUGCCAGAGGCUGGACGGCGCCCGCGCUGUCUGCCGGCUGUCGCUGCUGCUCCUGCUGCUCCUGCUGCCCUGGGCAGCAACCUCCACUGUCACCCCGUCAGGCGUCCUCGGCACCCCAGCUUUGCAGGAAGCUCCCAGCACCCGGAACUCGCUGGGCGCCGCCCCUGCUGAGACGGUAACGGGCGUGCUCAGCCCCCUCAACUCGUCUGAUGCUCUGAUCACCCCCGGAGUCCUGCGGGAGCGCGCCCGGGCCCUGAUGCGGGCCUUCCCCCUGGUGGAUGGCCACAAUGACUUGCCCCUGCUCCUAAGGCAAUUUCACCACAAAGGUCUACAGGAUCUUAACCUGCACAAUUUCAGCCUCGGCCAGACCAACCUGGACAAACUAAGAGAUGGUCUUGUGGGUGCCCAGUUUUGGUCAGCCUAUGUGCCAUGCCAGACCCAGGAACGAGAUGCUGUGCGUCUCACCCUGGAACAAAUUGACCUCAUCCAUCGCAUGUGUGCAUCCCAUUCAGAUCUGGAGCUGGUGACUUCAGUUAAAGCUUUGAACACCACCUUGAAGUUGGCUUGCCUCAUUGGUGUGGAGGGUGGACACUCACUGGACAGUAGCCUCUCCGUCUUGCGUGCCUUCUAUAUGUUGGGUGUGCGUUACCUGACACUCACCCACACCUGCAACACACCAUGGGCAGAGAGCUCAACUAAGGAUGUUCACCCAUUCUAUGCCAAUGUCAGUGGAUUGACCAGUUUUGGUGAGAAGGUCAUUGCAGAAAUGAACCGCUUGGGCAUGAUGAUAGACUUGUCCCAUGUCUCAGACGCUGCAGCACAGCAGGCUCUGCAAGUGUCAAAGGCACCUGUGAUCUUCUCCCACUCGGCUGCCCGGAGUGUGUGUGAGAACUCUCGGAAUGUUCCUGAUGAUAUCCUGCAGCUUCUGAAGCAGAAUGGGGGCAUCAUCAUGGUGUCCUUGUCCAUGGGGGUGCUCCAGUGCAACCUGUUAGCUAAUGUGUCCACUGUGGCAGAUCACUUUGACCACAUCCGGGCAGUCAUUGGAUCCAAGUUCAUUGGGAUUGGUGGAGAUUAUGAUGGGAUUCACCGGUUCCCUCAGGGGCUGGAGGAUGUGUCCACCUACCCAGUUCUGAUUGAGGAGUUGCUGAGACGAGGCUGGAGUGAGAAAGAGCUUCAAGGUGUCCUCCGAGGAAACCUGCUUCGGGUCUUCACACAGGUGGAGAAGGUUCGGGACGAAAGCAGUGGGCAGCUUCCCUUAGACGACAAAAUCCCAGAGGAGCAGCUGGACAACACUUGCCACUCCAUCCUGCCGAGUCUGCACCAGAAGCGUUAUCUGAAUCCAGACCAAAAACUCACUGAGACUCAGAUGUAUUGGAACCCCAAGUUCUCAGCUCAGAAUUCUUUCUCAGAAUCCUCCCCCAGCAUGGCCUCUUGUCUCUCACUUUUGGUCAUCCUUCCAGUCCUCAUUCUGUGCCUUUGGGGAGCCAGUUAGUCCUGCCUGCCAGAUGACAUUAAGGCAGCUGCAGACACCCCAAAGUCAUGCCAUCUGCAGGCAGAAUUAUUUUCUGAAAAUAAAUGUUUUAGAUAAAGAA